AUCCAACAAAGAGAGCAUCAAUACCACCUAGUCGUGCAGGCUCGCGCAUGGCAGCCCCUAUGGCCAUGGCAACAGGGGUCAGUCUCCUUGAUGAUCUUGUACCAUCAGCUCAGGCACCUAGAUCAGCCCCUAGUCAAGCUAGCUACAGACCUAGCCCCUUACCAGGAGACGUACUGGCCAAACCCCAUCCGCCUGCACAACUAAAUCCAUUGCAAAGGUCACAAAGUUUUGAUGCGAUGAAGCCGGGAGACAAAGUCAACACUCCACCAGGUUCGGCAUGUGGACAUUCUAACGCAGGUCAAGAGUUGUGUUAUCUCUGUCAUCAGCGUGCCAGAAGAAACCUUCCCGUCUCGUUUGCGGAGGAGCGUAAGAAGCGCGAGGAGGAAGAAGACAGGCUUCUUCAACAGUAUCAGUACAUGAAGGAUGCUGAGGAUGUCCUACAAGAUCAGGAAAUGACUAUGGCUAAGCGUCACAAUCUUCAGAAAAUGGCUGCUUUCAAUCUAGGUGUGUCAGAAGCUUUACAUCAGAAGAAACGUACGAGAGACACUGAAUUCCAGAAAUCCUAUAUAUUCCAAAGACGACCUCUAACACCACCCAGGAUUAUCAAACAAACAGAAUAUUCUGGAGAUCUAGCUAAACAGGUUGAUCAUAAAGAAUCUGUUAAGAAGAAGAGACAGUCAGAUGAAGAGUUCCUUGAGAGAUUGGAACAAGUUCAACUUGCUGAAGACCUGGCAAUACAGAGGGAACAAUACUUGAAGGAAAAAGCAGAGGAGCAGGAUAGAUAUAAGAAAGCCCUUGAAACACAGAUUGCUAUCAGAGAUCAGCUAACAAUGAAUCAUGACCUGGACAAUAAGCUACGGCGCAAACCUUGCGGCCGAAUGUCACAAUUGCGCCUGCCAUUUAUUCCACAGGCCAACACUCUGCGUCCCUUCACAAGCACCCCACCAUCUAGGAUGAAUGAAAAUUGGAGGUCAUCUUAUGGCAGGUUGCGAUUUAAACCACUACAAGUUCCAGCUCGUGAAUCAGACAAAGAAGUUUUUGGUAUGAACGAUAUGACAAAUGAGAAAAUGGCUGAACGUAGACGACGAGCUUACGACCUUUUCCAGGAACAACAAGAUAUUGUUGCUCAGAAAAAACGUGAAAAUAUUCUUAAACGAUUGGCUGAACAACAAGAGGAAGAGCAAGUUCUAGAGAGAACAAGGAAUGAGUUGCUGGAUGAUCGUGCCAAUAAGUUUAACAGGCGUAUUAAUGCACGUAAAAGGUUAGAGCAAGAUUGGGUUCGAGCCUCGAUGACGAAGAAGGAAAGGCUCGAGGAGGACCACUUGCGAGCAUUGAGUCCGGGCAUUCUUCUCCAUGAACAGUGUGAUAAAUACAACAGAUGUGGACAAUGUAAACGUACAUUAAGAAAUUGCGGGGAAACCAAUCUAUGGAGCGAGUCUCGCUAUAUUCCAGGUUCAAGACUGAUGGUGUAACCAGCUAUAUUGACAUAACUUUUUACACUUUAAAUCCUCAAAAAUUACCUAUAAAUUAACAUUUUGAAUUCUUUUUACUUGAUUCAUUAGAACUAUUAUAAUAAUAAUUUUGUUUCUAAAGUUUUAUAGCUUGAUAUAUAUACAUAUAUUAUGAUUAACAUUAAACUUUGUUAAUUAAAACUUGCACAAAAAGUCAUAAUUGCAUCAAGUGCUUGUGUAUAGCUUCCUUGAUACCAUUGUUUACUUCUUUGCUAGAUUAGAAAGUAUUUUCUGUGAUCAUUAGUGCCAGCGUGUCUGUGAUUAUUAUUUUUUUUUUACAAAUGUUUUCCCCAUUGAAGUUGUCUUUCAGUAUAGGUUUAAAUUUUGUGGCCUGUGAGAUCAAUCUUGCAUUUAUGCUAUAUAUGUUAAUGAACAAUUACAGAUCAUUCAAGAAACAUUAUUUAAUGUAAAGUUGCUUUGUGAAUUUUUCGUUUACAUAUCAUUGUGUUAUGGUUAUCUAUGCUUAAGCUUAGUUUUCACCAAAAAAUUAAACACAUAUAUUGUAUUAAUAUUUCUAUACAUGCUCCCUUAGCCAAGUAAUUGUUAUUGUUUAGUACUCUUAUACUUUCAAAGUGAAAAAAGGAUGUGCUUUACAGAAAAUUUUUGCUUAUUUUUAUAAAAUAAAAUGUUAAGAAUUUCAGACAUUUAAGUGCACUACAAAAACAAUUGUCUAAAAUGUAUGACUUACUUGGUUUUAACCAAGUGUCAGAAUCUAACCAUUCAUGAAUUAAUUUAAUAAAUUGACAGAUAUAUAAAUUUUGGAAAGAUCUGGAAAAAAAACUUUGAUCAGAAGAUGUAAAAUUUGACUAAGGAUGGGGUUAUUUACUAAACAAAAAGUUGUCUUGACUUAUCCUAUACAAUGUAAAACAGUGUGUAAGUCAUACUAAUAAUGAGGAAGAAGCCAAUGGGGUAAAAUUUUUAAUUAUGAUAAAAAUGUCCUUUUCAUAUAAGCUAGAUACUCUAUAUUUGGAUUAUCUAUAGACUACUGAUAGAUUUCACCUGAUCGGAGUAGAUUUCCAUUUGACAUUUUCCCUUAUUGUUAGUUUAUAAUUUGUGUAUUAACCCAUUCAGUAUUUUAUGUUGUCUGUGAUAUUAGGGGGACUAUUAAACUAGGAGAGCCCUAACUGUAACAGUGUCUUAAUUGUUGUUGUACUACGUCUGAGUAGGAAAAUAAAUUUUCACAUUCAAAACAUUUUCAAAUCUUUUUCGAUGGUUUGAGUGUAAAAUUUGUUUGGAACUGCCUUGAUUACAAGGUGUGUAACAGUUUAAAGUUUGUCCUAAAUUUUGUUUUAGAGAAUGAGAGUACCAUAUUUGUGUAUGCUAUGAAUUAUCAAAUGCAGUAGCAUUAUUUCACAGUAGUAUUUUAAUUUAAGUUUUGUUUUCACAGUACUGCUGUAUUAUAUGCCCUGUAAUUUCAAUAUGGCAUAUCUAAAACAUGUGAAAGCUCCAAUUUAUUUCUAGAACUGCCAUUCUGUUAAAAAAGACUGUGAUUUAGAUAUGUGUUUGUGUGUUUGUCAAAUUGUUAUAAAUGAUUGUAGAAUUGUGACUACAUGGUUACCAUGUUGAUAAUUUUGCCCACUUGUUUAUUUGCUAUACUUUACCAACAUUUUGGAUGCACUUUUUAUUGUUUUGUUACUUACUUUUAAACUUUGUAUGUAAAAGUAGAAAAAAACUUUAUAUUUGCUGUGUUCUCUGUUCUAUUUAAUACUGAAGAAUUUUACAUGUGAAUUGAUUGCCAAUUUUCAUAAAAGUAUUGUUAAAUUAUUAUUAUAACUUGAUUGUCAAUGUUCUCAAAUUCAUCAAUUUUUUUCUUCUAAUUUUAACCAUAUUUUUAGGCAUAUCAGAUAGCUUUGAAUUCUUCUUUAGAAGAUAAUAUAAGCAUAUCUGUAAAGGAAGAGUUGUGAAGUCUGAUUCAAAGACAUAUACAAGAUAGAACUUGGGAACAUUAUUCCCUCUAAAAUGAGGUAGACUAUUGAAAUCAAAGAUGUGUCGGAUAAAACAUAUUCGUACUUAAAGCUUGAAAAAGUUCACCAGGAUGUUUUUUACUCAGUGAGAAUAAGUUAAGUAGAUUUCAGCAGUUGUGUAAUUAUGGUUCAAUAUUUCAGUGUUGAUUGAGAUGGUAAAUUGUUGAUGUUUAACUUUCAUGUACAGAAAAAAAUGAAUAAAUACAAAAUAUCACUA